CAAAGCUGUAGGUUGCAAGAAGUUCUUCGAGAGGAUAUAUUUGAGAACAUCAGAACAAAGGGAUUACAUACAUAUAAAGCACGCUUUCCAUUGCCAUCGAAGCGUUACACCCCUUCUCCUGCACCAGGGCCCCAACAGAGCCCCCUUCUGGGUGGGCUCCCAGGGAGCUUUUUACUGAUUGGACAGCAAGCUGCAUGCUUGCGGCUGGCUCAGCUGAACGCCCACCUUACUUUGACACAGAUAAAUAAUGCUGUUGCUGUUGGUGGUCGAACCAACACACACGCCCCAUUUAUACCCACAACACCCCCCUGCCCGACAGCUGCAGCCAUCAGUCUACUGAACCUUCUGAAGGUUGCUAACACCAUGUCCCAUCCCUUAUAUAACCCCUAUGCCUCUGGGAAUCAAAGUUCAGCCCAGGGGCGCUAUGGACAGUCCAGUAUGCAGGCAGAGAGAGACUCUCAUAAGACAUCUCCUCAUCUUGGGCCUGGGUCCAGCUUUAGCUCUUCUGGAGUUUCAUCUGCGACUCCUGCAAAAUCUGGGGGAAUAAUGAGCUACAGGCCAGAAGGGAGUAAGACUUCAAUGGAAGAGGACAUAAAGAGGUCCAUAGACAUGCAUAUAAGCAGAGCCAGAGAGGAGGUGAGAAAUCAGCCUGUAAAAAAGAACAGUCGUUUUACCAGCACUCAAAGAGAUGAGUAUGAUUCUUCAGGCAAAGAUGUGACUUCCUACAUGUUGUCCUCAAACUCUCAAAGACCUCCUGAUGUUGCAAGUAGCACUAGCUCCAUGGACUGGUUGCCAAGAUACAAACGGGAAACUGAGGAUGAUUCGUCUAAAUACUGUUCAUCAUCUGCUUCAUUGAGCUAUCAAAGCACUGGCGACAGUAGGUUUAAUGCCUCGAAUGAAAGAGAGCGCAAUGUGCAAUCAAUUCCAGGCUUAGGUGAUUAUGACUACCCAGUGCCAGACAAACCUGUGGGUUCUGCAGAGUCUACUCAUCCCAAGUACACUUCAGAAACAGCUGUGAACAUCCUUAUGCAGUUUGGACUUGAAAAAGAGGACCUGGAACAUCUGAUCUCAUAUCCCGAAGAUCAGAUGACUCCUGACAACCUGCCUUUUAUCUUACGACAAAUCCGCAUGGAAAAGGCAAAGAGAUCUGCAACAGCAGAUCCAUCAAAAUCCUACUAUGAUCCUCAUUCCACCACAAGUAUGAGUGGAAGGGAAAGGUUGAGUACUUCAAGAGGGGAAGGGAUGCGUCAGGAUGAAUUGUCACCUAUUGUCCAAUCAAGUAAAGUGAUUGAUUAUGGACAUACUGGAAAAUAUACUGGGAGCUUUGGGGAUGAAAUUGGAAGGAGCAGCAGUGGAGCCAGUAGUGGUGGAAGUGGAGGUACGCUGCUGAUGGGCUCCUAUGAUAGUAGCGGUCACAGUCGAGAACCACUGCAAAAAAGUAUGACAGAGGUGAAAAACAGCACCUUGGUUUCUUCCCGUGAUCAAGGCAGCUCUUUUACCAGUCAUGGCUCAAUGCGAAGUAGUGGUCCAGCUCAACAACUGCCAACACAACCAAACCAGCCUUCUCAAGAAAUCUUCAAAGGUUUCUCUCUGCCAAAGACAGACACAGACUUAAGACCUCUUAAAGCAGAAGUCACUAAAACCCUUCCGUUGAAAAAUCCAGAGCCAGAUCGCCAGUCAGCAUCAAAAAGCCAACUAACUCCUAAUAUAGUUCGUAGUGUGCAUCCAAGUCGACCUGGCCUUGUACUCAUUGGCAGCAGCAGCAGCGACAGUCACAUCAAAGAAAAGAGUAAGACUCACGGGCAAAUAUCAAAUGUUUCUGAGCAGAUGAACAAACAGCAAAUGCAGCAGAAGCAGGUACAACAGCAACAGGUGAAACAGACAAUGCAACAACCACCACCAAAGCAGCAGAUGCAGCAACAGUUGAAGCAACAACAGUCAAAGCAGCAGCAGACGCAGCAGCAGCAGACGGAGCAGCAGCAGAUGCAGCAGCAGACGCAACAACUGAAGCAGCAGACGCAACAACUGAAGCAGCAGACGCAACAACUGAAGCAGACGCAGCAGCAGCAGACGCAACAGCAGCAACUGGAGCAGCAGCAGACGCAACAACAAUUAAAGCAGCAGCAGCAGAUACAACAGCAGCAACUGAAGCAGCAGCAGCAGACGGCCCAGGUACCUAACCUGCCGAUUGGGUUGCAGCAGAUGCAGAAUCAGCCAGCUGUGCAUAUGGGACAAGCUUUGCAGUCUCAAGUUUUUUCGGCUGCAAAGCCAGUUCCACAGCCGUCCCUCAUGCCAGGGCUCACGAUGCCCGUUCCUCCGGGUCUCUCGCCGCUAAUGCAGAACCUCGUGAAUUUCAUUCAUAUACCGCAGCCCGCUUCCACCAAGCAGCUUCCAGCAAAGGUAGAAGUGACAGGGAAUAUCCCAGUGCUGGCCCAGAUGCAAGACUACACUGCCACUUCACCUAGGGUCUUUCCUCAUACCUGCUCUCUAUGUAACAAGGAAUGUACUCUGAUGAAGGAUUGGGUCUCCCACCAGAAUACCAGCCUUCACAUCGAGAACUGCAAACUUCUGCGAAAGCGAUACCCAGAAUGGAACGGUGAAAUUGCAUCACUGCCAGGUGCAUCAGGUGCCAAGCCCUCUCCCUCAACUUCUGCUGAGACUUCCCAGAAGAAAACCAGACAUGAGAGUCGUUCCCGUUCCUGCAGCCCCCGGAGCCAUCGUGACUCGGAGCGUAGCAGGGACAGGCAAAGUAGCCGUUCCCGCUCUCGCAGCCCCCGCACUCAUCGUGACUCGUUGCGAAGAAGAAAUAGACGAAGUAGCCGUUCCCGCUCCCGCAGCCAUCAUGACCCGGAGCGUAGCAGGGACAGACGAAGUAGCCGUUCCCGCUCCCGCAGCCAUCAUGACCCGGAGCGUAGCAGGGACAGACGAAGUUGCCGUUCCCGCUCCGGCAGUUCACGUCGCCUCCGUGACUUGGAGCGUAGGAGGGACAGACGAAUUAGUCAUUCCCGUUCCCGCUCUCGCAGCCCCCGCACUCAUCGUGACUCGGAGCGAAGAAGAAAUAGGCCAAGUAGCCGCUCUCGCAGCCCCCGCACUAAUUGUGACUCGGAGCGAAGAAGAGAUAGUCGAAGUUGCCGUUCCCGCUUCCGCUUCCGCUCCGGCAGCUCACGUCGCCGCCAUGAGUCGGAGCGUAGGAGGGACAGACGAAUUAGUCAUUCCCGUUCUCGAUCAUGCAGCCCCCGAAGGGAGAGACACAGAAGCCGAUCACGAUCUCCCUACAGCUCCAGACGUAAUCGCAGGUCCCGGUCUCAUUCUGACUCCUCAUGGUAUGACCGUCCUUCCUCUUCACGAUAUCGAUCACGCUCAAGGAGCCGUGAGAGGCGAUCCUUGCCGAAAAGAAGAGAUGAGAAACGUUCACCACCGAGGAGAAGCUGGGAGAGGCGGUCGUUGGCAAAGAGGUCAUCUCCUAUGCGAAAUAAGUCGAGCAGCUCGAAGAUCUUGGCAAAGAAACUGCUGGAAACAUCAGCUCUCCAGUCCUUAUCAAAACAGUCUGACCUGGAGACUGUCGUCAAAACUUUGGCUCCUGCCCUGCUGGCUGAGCUAGCCAAGAUGAAGUCGUCCCCAUCAACAUCAUCGUCCUCACGUUCUGCAUCUCCAGAAUCAGUUAAAGGGAGGCCUAGCACAGAGAAGACCAAGGCUGCUAAAUCUUCCCCUCCAACCAUGGUGAGGCUACAAGGGAUUGUCAGUAGUCUCUCUCACAGUGAAGUGAUUUCUGCUGUGGAGAAAUUUGGAAAAACCAAGUCAGUUGUUUUGUUUAGGUCAAGAUUACAGGCAGUUGUGUGUUUCGAGAAACAGGAAGAUGCUGAGAAACUGAAGAGCUUAAAGAACUUUGACAUAAAAGAAGUAACUGUCAGUGUUGUUAAUGAAAAGGAAAUUGCAUCCAAGAAAACCACAAAAACUAAACUGGAAACUACAGCAAAAGUCUCUGUUUCCAAAGCGAAAAACAUCUCAGCUGAGCAAAAAGCUAAAACUGUAAAAACUGGUGAUAAGGCUGAAGAAGCAGCUUCAAGCCUCGAAAAAUCUAAGAGUAAAUCUACGAAGAGUCCCGAAAAGCAGCCUAACACCAGUGAUUUGAAAGGAAAACGUAAACCCAAAGGGUCUCAAACCGGUGCUAAAGAAGCUGUGGUGGCACCUAAAAAUACAGCCAAUACUAUGAAGGCUGUUGAACCAAUUAAAGGUGCUGCAGUUGAUGGUGAGCCAAAAGUCUUGACUUCCAAAGCAGAAACGGCCUCAACGACGCAGAAAUCUAAAACAGCAGGAACUCUGAAAAAAGAAAAAGUGGAUCAUUCUAAAUCAACAACGUCAGAGGAUAAGCCUGAUGUAGAGACAAAACACAAGAAACCUGAAACAAAGAUUCAUGAAUCUGCGAUGGGGCCUAAAGGUGAAGCACGAAAAGCAUCAGCUUCUGAAAGGGAGGACCACACAGAAGUUGAAACUUCUACUGACGGCAAAGGUAAUCAGACGUCACCAACUAUAUCAAGUGAGAAUCAACUACCAACUAGUGCAGCUGAGACCAAGCCAAAUACAUCGCCACCAAAACCCACUGAUCCACCUCAGAAACCACAAACUGUCAUCAAAAGUCCAGAAGAUUCACUCAAAGCUUCAGAACAGACCGAGCAGAGCUCAGAUUCUGCUCUACAAGAAGAAACACAACAGCAGACUGCAGGAAAAUCACCUGAGAUUUCUGUGGAGGCAAAGCAAAGAGUUGAAAGUGUAGAAACGGUUACAAAGGACAAAGUCUCUGUGACUGCAAAGAAGAUCUCAAAGGAUCAGCCGGUCGCUCCUACCCACCCAACAUUUGAGGAACUGAUAGAAAAGCAACUAUGUCCAGAAAAAAUCCGUUGUCUCAAGACAGUCAGGCUUCCCCGUAAACAGAUUGUUUCGCUUAAUUACAAGGUGCUGUUAAUAAGCAACCUGCCUAAGUAUCGUGAUGGCUGUUAUGAAGAGGAGGACAUCGCCGAUCUGCUCACUCCACACAGAUUUGAAUAUUACGACGAUACGAUCUACGUUAUACCACAGGCGCGCAUGGCUUUUGCCCUCAUGCCGACAGCAGUGGCAGCCAAAAACAUCGUGCUAGCAUCAGAAAAUGAUCGUAAAUUUUUUCUCAAUGGGUCUAAACUUCGACUGCAGGUUGUGAAGUACAAGAAUUUAAUGACCCCGGUGCUUGAGUUUUAUACAUAUCUGAUGUAUCGGCUGUGUUAUGUUAAGAAGGGUUUCUCGAAUCAGGAAGUGACAGAUAUUGGAGCACGGACAAUCUACAUCAGGAACAUCUCACCAGGCGAGUCCCGGGAUCUCAGAGAAGCUUUGGGAAAAAUCGGUAUUGUAAGAAACUACCUGCCUCUUCUCAACAAGGUGUUAAUUGAAUUUGAGUCUGUGUGUGAUGCUGAUCGCCUUGGUGUUUGGUACAGCCUUCUAAAACGGGCCACUGGCCACAAAUUGUCAAGGGUGGAAAUACCACACAGUGGAUUUACAUCACUGCCACCAAGAUUGCCACACAAAGCUUUGCCAGACAGCGAUGUCGCUGUUGACGGGGCAGCUGUCCCAACAGAAGAUAUUACCAUCCCACAACCCAGCACUUCACCAUAUUGGAUCACAAUGACAACUAGUCCCUUUGUGUUCCCCACUGUCGCUCCUUGGUUCACAAUCCCAGAGUAUUUAACUGUCAGGGAACCUGAUGACAUUGAGAAAGCCCAAUCUCAAGGUUCUACGUUCUCCACGAUCAUGUUGACUGGUUUGCCAGAAGGAAACUACAGACAGGAGGAUGUCACCAAGCUGGUGUGGCGUUACUUCCCUGAUCAGACUGUUCAGACUCUGUACUACAACAUAAUCGUUUUAUCACUGCAGAGGAGGGCCUUUGUGUUUUUUAACAGCUGGGAUGCGUGCUGCGAUUUCGCCAGAGAUUACCUCAAAGAUCCAGUUACAGUUGGAGAGUGGAGACUAGGAAUCCACAUUGUUUUAAAAGACAUGCAUCCUGGUUCAAGUGAGGAGAGCAUGUACAGAAGCAUGAUGAAAUGGAGCAGCACUCAUGUUCCACAGUCUGAGUCUCUGAAGGACCGGCUGCUGAUUGUGGAGGUCUCCAAGGUGAAUGUGGACCUUCUCGUGAAGAUCAUGAAAGUGGUGGCUCCCAUUGCUGCUUUUGUCAGAUUUUUGCCGCUUGCCAACAGGAUAUGCAUUGAGAUGGCUGAACCUGGUGGAUUAACACAGGUGAUGGAGAGCAAUGUCACCAAGGACUAUUUAUCUUCUUGGAGUAAAGUCGGACGUAUUGAGUCUUUGAAGAGUCUGAAACAGCGUCUGCAAGACUCGGGUGAGAACACACUUAACCUCGAACUGGAAACAGAGAAGGCCGCAGAAUCGACCGCUGUCCCGCAGCCAAGUGAGGAAGGCCAGAAAGCAGCAGUGAAGGAAGAGGGGCCACCACAAACUUUGGUCACUACUCCUGAUGCAAACGCCGCCCCCGCCGCUUCUAGCGCUGCUCCUUCAGCAACAAGCCCAGUCAAGUCUGAGGAAAAAGACUCAAAACUUCCUCACAUCAACGAGGACGUUUUCAUGGCCAUUACAGCGGCGCUUCGUGAGCAUAGACAGGGUCGAGAAAGUAGGGCACAGAGCAAGGACAGAGAGAGCAAAAUCAGCAGCCCUAGUAGGGCACAGGAUGAAGACGCACCACACAGAAAGGUUCAAGUUGAUAAUUUAGAGAAGAAAGUUUCUUCAGAGAGCCGCCCUUUUGGUGAGCCGGAUUUCAAUGUAGACAACUUUGUCACUGUUGAUGAAAUUAACAAUGAUGCAGCAGACGCAGACCCCAAUGGUGAAAGCGACUCUUCAACUAAGUCCACAAAGAAUAAAGAAAGUCAAAGCUCAGCUGCAUCUCCUGCUUCCAAACGAACCUCAGCAGGGUCCUCCAAAGACUCCAGCAGCUCAGCCUCUCCCUCAUCCAAGCCCACGAAAUUUUCUGAGAAAAGCAGUUCAACCUCCUCACUACGAAAAAGUAAAGACUCAUUUGACUCCACCAAACCCGAAUCCUCUGUGAGUGUCAGUAAGCCUGUUUCCUUUUCUGGUGAGAAAACGCAGCUAAGCAAACCUCCAGACAAAUUGUCGCAUUCUUUGUCCUCGGGUUAUAGGACCCGUUCAUCAAAAAUGGCAUCAACCGCUGAUGCAGAGCUAACAGAGGAGAGUGCAGCAACAAAGUCUGACCUCAAAGUGUCAGCAAAGGAAAAUCAAACUAAAGUGGAAACAUCAUCAGAGACACAACCACCUGCAGAGGGAGAGGGAUUAGGGAUGAAGAGCCAAACACAAACUCUGGAGACUGAAUGUAAGGAUGACGCACACAAAGAGUCAAAGAAAAGCAAAGGAGAUGGGGGAAAAGACAAUGCAGGGAAAUAUCCACAGGAGGAGGAGGAUGAUGGUGAAAGUUACCAGAUCCUUGAUUCGAUCGACGAGCUAACAGAUGAACAGAUAGAUGAAGACUCAAACCAAGAGACUAAAACAGAGUCAUCAGGGCCUGAGCAAACCCAGAGUUUGCAUGAGGGGGAAAGUCAGGUCUUGAACAGCAUUGAUGAUAAAGGCUCAGAGGAGUCCAGUAAAACUGAAACGGAUGCUCCUCUCUAUGUGAUAGACAACGUUAGUGAAGACCAAGCCAGUACAGUCCAAGCGGACAGUCAUCUGGUCAAAGAUGAAGGUACCACAGCAAAGCAGCUGUCUGAGGAAAAGAUUCAAGAACCAGAUGCAGCUGAUAAAAAAGAAGGGUUGGAUCCAAGCAUGAACCAAACUCCAAGGUCCAGUGGAGAUGGAAAAGAAAUGAAUGAGGAGAUGCUCUCAGAAAAAUCAAGCAAAGCUUCCAAAGCAUUUUGCCAAACUCCAAAUAAUGAAGAACAAGAAAACAAAGGCAGUUCAGCAGAUGUUACUAAACAGAAAGCCUCUGAGAAGUUAGAUUCAGUCAAUGAUCACACCAGAGGAGAAGAUGACGAGAAGAAACUUAAUACUUCGAAAGCAGUCACUGAAGGAACUGAAGAAGAGGAAGAAGCUUACCAGGUAAUUGAUUCUGUGGAAGAAGAGCCACCGACCACAGAGACCGAGGCAGAGGCUGAGAACAAGGAGGAAAAAACCAAGAAAGACGUUGAAGUGGCUAAACGAGCUGAAAGACCAACAAGGAGGGGUAGACCGAGAACAAGAACAUCUAAAAGAGAGGAGAAAGAGACACAGGAGGAGAUGAUCUUUGAGGUAGUGGAUUCUGUUGAAGAUGAAUUUGUUCAAGAUGUCUCCACCACAGAGAGGCCUGGUAGAAGGAGGUCGGCCAGAGGAAACAAAGAAGAUAAAAAGACGCCAACUUCCACAGUUGCAUGUAUAAAAGCCGUCAGGGAAGAGGAAUCUACGUCUGAGAUCCUAGACUCAGUGGAGGGUAAGGCUGCCAUGAACGAACCAACCAUCACAACAAGGUCAACCAGAGGAAGAAGAGAAACUAAAGAAGACGUCUCAAAAAAAGACAAGACACCAACGAGAAGGAGGCCGACACCUGCCAGAGAUUCUCAGGAACCAAUCAAGGAGGAACCUCAGCAGACUCAAGUGAAACAGAGCACACCAACAAAGAAGAGCGAGGGGAAUGCCACCUUUACAAUAGUAGACCCAGUGCAGGAUGAAGUUAUUAAGGAUGAACGGGCCAAAACUCCGGAAAAAAGAAGAAGGGGAAGACCAAAGAAGGACACUAAAGUAACUAAAAAACAAGCUGCCAUGAAGAAUGCUGCAUCUAGUAAAGUGGCUGAUGAGGAGGAGGCCAUUUAUCAGAUUGUUGACUCGGUUGAGGAUGAGACGGCUGACAAUGAGCCUUUGAAAGACCAGAAUACAGAAGAGCCAACAGUGCCUAAAGACGAUAAAGACUCAGCAUCGCCAAAAAAUGCAGAUGAUGAGGAGGUGGUCGAUAAAGAGGAGUGUUUGGAUCACACUGCUGAGGUUAGUGAUGCUCUAUCUGCUGAAGACGAGUCUGGUACAGCAACGAAGGAAGAGAAGCCAAAAACAGAUACUAAAGAGGCCACUGGGUCCCAAAGUGAGGCUGCUGCACCAGAAGAAAAAACAAAUCUGGAGGAAGACACCCUGGAGCUGGUCACUCUGGAUGAGAUUGUUGAAAUAGAUGAGGAGGAGGGGGAAAAGGCAGAGGAAAGCACAGUGGAGCCCCGCCCACCAACACAGGAGAGCCAAUCGGUGGAGGCCGCAGACAUAGCGACUUUUGCGACAGCAGCUGAGGUAGAAGAGGAAGCAGAGAAGACAUCAGGAUCUGCUAAACGCAAACAUGAUGAAACAGAGGAGAGUUUCAAUUUUGUGAUGGUGGACGAGGUGGGAGAGACUGUGGAGAAGGAGGCGGUAAUUACCAGGACAAGAGGUCGACCCAGGAAGAGAACCAGGCAGACCCCGGUGAGAAAAUCUGCUAGAGGGAAACCAGAGAGCACAAAAGAUGAGACGGAAGAGGAGGAAACAACAGAACCACUGCUUCCAGCUUCUGUUUAUCCCACUUUAUCACAGGACCGAGACUCAUCUGCACCGCCAGGUGACGGCCAGGCGGAGAGCCAGAGGACCGAAGAGGAAGCAGAGACCCAGCCUGAUGCUGCACCUGCCUCUGCUGGACAGCAGCCAGAGUCUACGUGUCCUGAUAAGGAGACAGAGCAGGGAGAGGAGAAGGAUGGAUGGAGCACGGUUGGCAUUAAAGUUGUGGGUAAACGCAGGAGGGAGCUUGUUGGACCUGAGGCAAAGCGAUCUCGCUCUCAGUCUCCGUGUGUUGUAGCAGACUUCAGACUGCCUCAGUUCAACCCCAAUAGCCCCCUCGGUCAGGAGUUUGUGAUCCCAAAAUCAGGAUUUUUCUGUAACAUCUGCUCUGUUUUCUACCUGAAUGAGAAGACCGCCAAGGAACUCCACUGCUGCAGCCAGAAACACUACAACAACUUGCAGAAAUAUUAUGAGAAACGUCGACAAAGAGCUUCAACAACGUCAUCUCAGAUGUCUCAAGGCUCCGUUUCUGACUGAUGGACCUGAUCUACUGAUUAUUUUAACACAUCACUGUGGAGAACAAGCCAAUGUUUUUGAUCCUACUAGUUCAGAAACUAAACUAAUCACCGUGUGGUACCUUUUGUUGUAAAUGAUAUGUCUUCAUUCAUAAAUUGUUUUGUUUUUGUUUGUACAGGCUGGUGAAGAGCACAGUUUUAAAAUGUUGUUAUUAUUUUAUCUUUUAUGUGAAAAUGUUAUUGAAAAAUUAAUAAAUUUACUUAACAGGUCAUCAGGAGGUACCUGACAGGU